AUGGCUGUAGCUGCUUAUGCAUCAUUGGUUUCUCUUUCUCAUGUCCUCGACAACGUUCAUUACCGUGCUGAGCUUCGUCGCCUUCAUGUCGACAUAAAAAAGAUUAAAUCUCUCCAAGAAGGUGUCAAUUUCUUGUUGGAGUUCCUUGAAAAGAACCAUAGAAGCAAAAGCCAGAAGGCUGAAGAUCUUUGGAAGCAAAUAUCAGAAGUUAGUUUGGAGAUGGAAGAAAUUUUUGACUUACAUGUUGUGAGCCAACUUCAGAAGGAAUCUCAGGGAGAAAGUAGUGAUCAUAUGGGCGCGAGAUCAUUCGAUGAAGAUUUGGACACUAUGAUCCAAAAGGUUGACUACAUCAAGCGAGAGCUAUCGAUGGUUGAAGAGGUCGUGGUUGGACAACAAACCAGAGCUUCUGUUCCUGCUGGCGGUUCUUCAACAGCUGCAUCCAUUGUUGGAAAGAAUAUUAUUGUGGGACUUGAGGAACACGUGAUCAAGAUUAAGGGUGAGCUAGCUAGAUAUGACGACAAUCUCCAAAUCAUCCCAAUUGUCGGCAUGGGAGGUAUUGGCAAAACUACUCUUGCUAAAAAAGUUUAUGAAGAUAAGUAUUCCAUGGAACGCUUUGAUGUGCGCAUUUGGAUUACAAUUUCUCAGGAGUAUAGCGUCGACGAGAUCCUCCUUGGUCUUAUCAAUGACGGAAAAGUAGAAAGACAUGGUGGAAAUUCAGAUGGGCCUGGGGAAAUAUUGCGCAAGAAACUCUAUGGCAGAAGAUACUUAAUUGUAAUGGAUGACAUAUGGACUCUUCAAGCUUGGUAUGAUUUAAGGAGGUUCUUUCCGGACAAUGGGAAUGGAAGUCGAAUUAUUGUGACCACUAGGCUAUCACAAGUGGCUGCUUCAUUGGGCUCUCACGACCCAUAUCCGAUGACAUUUCUUGACACAAAUACAAGUUGGAGUUUAUUUUGCCAAACUGUAUUCGGAGAAGAAAAAUUUUCACAUCCAGAAUUGGAGCAAAUCGGAAGAGUGAUUGUCAAGAAUUGUAGAGGGCUUCCUUUGCAAAUUACUGUUAUAGGAGGACUACUUGCAAAGUCUGGCAUGAAUAAAGAAUAUUGGGAAUCAGUUGCGGAAAAUGUAAGUUCCUUUGGAAAUGCAAGCGAUGGCGAGCAUUGUUUGAAUAUAUUACUCUUGAGUUAUAAUAAUCUGCCUAUAUAUCUCAAGCCGUGUUUUCUCUACAUGAGAACUUUUCGCGAAGAUGCUCAAAUUGAAGUCUCCAAUCUAAUCCGAUCAUGGGUUGAUGAAGGUUUCAUAAAGAUAAAAAAUGAUAAACGUUUGGAAGAACUUGGUGAGGAAUACUUAAAAGAUCUUCUCGAUAGAAAUCUACUUUUUGUGCGUGAAAGAUAUGUACUCACGGGGGAAUUAGAAAAAUGCGGCAUCCAUGAUCUUUUGCGAGACCUAUGCAUUAGUGUAUCCAAAAAAGAGGACUUUUUGUGCUCUCCUAGAGUAAAAGACAUCGAUAUAAGAUAUUGGAAUAGAGUGUGCUUCCUAUGCGGCAGCUCAGCAGUAGAAGAAGAAAGAAGAAAUCUUCUUGCACUUGAUGUUAUUCCUCCAUCAGCUUCACAAGAAAAUCCCCCGGUUUGUGGUGACUGUAAAGUGACAUAUUCACGUACGAAGGGACUAAGAUUGGUCAUGGCCAUCGAAAAAGUUGGUAGUGCUCAUGAUACACUUGUGCAGCACACUAAAUUACGGUCUAUCCGUGUUAAAUUUGAUUUCUCUCCAAAUUUUAUUGCUCCUCCAAUUCUACAUUUUCUUUGGAACCUGCAGAGUCUGAUAUUCCCAUAUUCAUCUUCGGUAGUUUUACCAUCUGAAAUAUGGCAUAUGCCGCAACUUAGAAUUAUUGACUUCUAUGCCGUUGUGUUGCCGAAGCCUUAUCUUGCUCAUGUGGGAGAGAAAGAUAUCUUCAUUCUGAAGAACCUGCACACCCUUCGCUGUGCAACGAAUUUUGAGCUCACCGAUGAGAUUCUUGGUGGAAUUCCUAAUCUGAAGGAACUAGGAAUAACGUAUGAUAAGCGUAUGAGAGAGUUGGAUACUUGUUUGUGUAAUCUUGGCAGAUUACAGAAACUUGAAACACUAAUUGUCCAAAAUACAUUGCAGAACAUCGGCUUUCCAAAUUCACUCAAAUUCUUGCUUCUGAGGAAAUGCAGAAUUCCUUGGAGUGGUAUGUCAGUGGUUGGUUCAUUGCCUAAUCUCGAAGUUCUUGUGUUGUGGUAUACUGCAGAGGGCUCUGAGUGGAAUCCAACUGAAGGGGAAUUUCUUCGAUUAAAAACAUUGUGGAUUUUUGGUAGUGAUUUAGUAGCUUGGAGAGCUGAUCGAUACCACUAUCCGGUGCUUGAGAUUCUUGCACUUUUUAAAGUACCUUCGUUGGAAGAAAUCCCUUCAGGUGUUGGAGAUAUACCGACACUGCGUGAAAUUCAUUUGAAAAAUUGCAAUGAGUCUGCUGUGGAUUCGGCAUACCAGAUAUUAGAGGAACAACAGAGUGAUGUAGAUGAUGACACAGAUGAAGAUGAGGUGUCUGAAGACAAAGAUGAAGAUGAAGACAACGAAUCUGAAGCUGAAGACACAAAGAAAGAUGAAGAUGAAGAUGAUGAAUCUGAAGCUGAAGACAGAGAGGAAGAUGAAGGUAAUGAGUCUGCCUGA